CUCAAACCCCAUUCCCAUCGGAGAGCAGGCCCUCGCUAAACCCGCUGUGCCACACCUAUACUAUCAUAGAAAGUAAAAAAAGGUUAAGUGUAUAGAAGACAAAGUAAAACAUAAGGACCAACACAUGCUCAAAAUGUAGAGAGUAGGGUCCUUACGCACUCGUGCAGAAGUUAGACACGAUUGGAGACGGGCUAAGCCUAAGAGAACAGCUCCGCACGAUAGGGGCGGGAUCGCAUCGCGUCGCGUCGCGUCGUUCCGCGGGGACUCUCUUCCCCAAACCUCUUCUGAGUUCGUUACAUUCCACGCUGAACGCGAAUCGAAUACCUUAAGAGAGCAGCAUGAGCAUCUCUAAGAAAGAAGGACAUGAAAACAAAGAUGAAGGCCAAACGGUGAAGAAUAAACUGGUUCUACACCGAGGUUUUUACCUCAUCUCUGGGAUUCAUAGUCCAGAAGAGGUGGACAGCAUCCAGGACUUGGAGAUCCGCGACUCUGAUGUUUUUGUCAUCACAUAUCCCAAAUCAGGGACGAUCUGGAUGCAGCAAAUACUAAGUCUGAUUGAAGGGAGAGGAGACGUUACAGUCACCAUGCACAAGGAGGCAUCGCAGCGCAUCCCAUGGCUCGAGGACGCUGGCGGCAAGAAUCGCUUCGCUGGUGACCCCUCCCCUCGGCUUCGCGUCUCACACCUGGAUUAUAAAUUCAUGCCACGUGCGCUUAAACAGAAACGUGGAAAGGUCAUCUACUUGGCCAGAAACCCGAAGGACAUCCUAGUGUCAUACUUCCACUUCCACUACUAUGCAGCCGUGUUUGAGACACCCGAGAAUUUCAGUGACUUCUUUGAAAAAUUUCUGGAGGGAAGAGUGUUCUGCGGUCGCUGGUUCGACCACAUCAAGACCUGGUAUUCACAUAAAGAUGAGAUGAACUUCCUAUAUCUCACUUACGAGGAGAUGAUUCAGGACCUGAGGGCAGCGGUGGAGCGGAUCUCCAUGUUCAUGGGGAAGGAACUCAUUAACGCGGAGCUGGACAGUGUGGCGGAGCACAGCACCUUCGACGAGAUGAGCAAGAACCCGUACGCAAACUACCGAAACGUUUCGGAUGAACUGCUGCACCAAAACAAGGGGGCGUUCAUGAGGAAAGGCACCAUCGGUGACUGGAAAAAUCACUUCACCAGGGAACAGAACGAGAGAUUUGACCAUGUGUUCAGAGAGGAGAUGAAGGACUUCCCUCUAAAAUUUGUGUGGGACAUUAAUGACAUCAAGGUGUAACUUCUGCAGUACAUUAUGAAAUAUAAUUCAUUCUGCUAAAAAUGAUUAGUUGCUCUAUGUUUAGCAAAUCACAGUUCAUGUGAAUUUUAAAUAGUAAAGAUGUGAAAGAUUGAUUCUUGAUCUAAUACUGCAGUGUAAAAGUGAAUGUGUCUCAAAGCAUGUGAAUUGAGAAUUUCCGAAUAUUGGAUUCAGUAUCGACAAAAAUAGUUACUAGUGCUUGGGUAAUAAUGGAUCAGUGUUUAACGGCUAUAUAUAACUGUGCUGUUUGGACAUUAUUGUUUCAUUAAACAUUAUAUAUUA